AAGAUCUUUCUGUGAUUCUUAUAUUAAUUUGUGUUUUGUUAAUUAAAAAAGAAAGUAACCAUGGCUGAGUUUGUGGAAAAACGAAUCGAGGAUAUGAUCCCCGAAUUAGAACAGAUGGAAAGAAUUAAACUGUUUGACAAAAAUGAAAUUCGAGGAAUCGCGAAGAAACUCAAGGAAUACGAAUAUAAAAUUCAACGACAUACAAAAACUAAAGAAGACUAUUUAAGAUAUAUACAGUAUGAAAUGGAUCUCCUUAAAUUAAUUAAACAACGUAGAGAUAAAUUUGGAAUUGCACAGAAGAAAUCAGAUAUUGAUCAUACCAUUACAAAUAAAAUGAAUCAUUUGUAUAGAGAUGCAAUAUUUAAAUUUCAAGAUGAUAUUCGUUUUUGGAUUGCUUAUAUAAAAUUUUGUAAGCAUGUUCAUUUUCACAACAGUGUAAGUCACAUAUUAGGUAGAAUGUUACAAGUUCAUCAAGAUAAGCCUAAAUGUUGGCACGUUGCUGCACGUUGGGAGCUAGAAGAAAGCAAAAAUAAACAAACUGCCCGACAAUUUCUUCUUCGUGGUUUGCAUAUACAUCCAACUUCUCAAUUAUUAUUUAUUGAUGCUUUUAAAUUAGAACUAGAGGAUGUAGUGAUUAGUGAUCAAAAGAAUGAAAGUAUUGGUGACAAUGCAAUACCAACAGGAACUGAUGAUGAUAUGACUAUUGGACUAAAGAGAGCUUAUAUCAUAUAUCAGCAAGCAUCAAAAUGUAUUAAAGACAUUAAAUUCAUAAUAGAAUUAUUAAAUAUUACAAAAGAAUAUAAGAGUACAGAAAAAUUACAAAAUAAAAUUGUUAGUGAUAUGAUACAAGAAUAUGCCCAUGAACCUCUAAUGUGGGACACAAUGGCUCGACGCGAAUUAGAAGGACUUAUUCAACCUUGUCUCAGUGAGACUAUAAUGGAAGUUGAUAGUUCAGAACAAACUUCAUUAAGAGAUCGUAUAACAUCUUGUAACAAAGUAUAUCAAACGGCAGUUAAAAAAAUUAAGGCUGAAGAAAUGUGGUCUUUGUAUAUAGAAUGUUUAAUAGAAAUUAAUCAGACAGCUGGAUCUUUGCCAAAUUUUAAAAGAAAACUAUUAAAAACAGCAUUGUCACAAGCACACCAAGCAAAAAAAUUAAAGGAAAAGUAUUAUUUACAUUGGAUUAACAUGUUAAAUGUUGAAAAAAAAGAUGAAACUACGGAAAAGAAAUUAAAAGAAAUUCUGAGUAUAGCAACUGAAACUAUACCAAGUAGUGUAAGUCUUUGGCAUGCCAGAUUAAGAUAUCUGUUUGCCUCAGGAGAUGAAGAAGAAGCUGAAACUACUUUUUCAAAGGCAACACAAGUCCUUGGAGAAAAAUCAUUGUCUUUAUGGAAAAUAAAGAUAUUACAUGUACAAGCAAAAUGUCCUGAAAAAACUGAACAAAUUUUUCAAGCAGCUUUGCAAGGACAUCCAAAUUUUGCACAGGAAAUAAAACCAACUUAUAUUGAAUGGCUAGUUCUAACAAAAAGUAUACAAGCAGCGCGAAAAGUUUAUGAUAAUCUUUGUUUGCAACCUCCUUUCUGUCUUGAAUUGCACAAAAAAAUGAUGGAAUUAGAACUUAUGCAACCUGAAGUAUCCAUAAAACACAUAAGAAAAUGCAAUGAAAUGUCAACAUUACAAUUUGGCAAAAAUAAUACUAGUGUUUGGAUACAUUACAUUACAUUUGAAAUGAAACAUGGCGAUCCAAAGAAAGUCGGAGAAAUACACAGAAGGGCAGUAAAAACCUUAGAACCAGCACUAACAGAUUCUUUUAUUUCAGAGUACAGUUUAAUUAAAGCGAAUCCAAUUUGCAUAGAUACAGACACAUAA